CACCCUCAUUUCCAUGAGAAGAAGAGAGCCCAUAACCUCUCUCUCUCUCUCUCUCUCUCAAGCAGGAAAGAGAAAAAAAGGAAAAGGAAAGGAAAAACCCAUUUCAUCUCUCAAGGAUUCUGGCAAUCAUCAACCCUUCUUCUUUCCCCAUUCGAAUCAGUUUCUGUUGAAUUUUGAUCAGACGGUUUUGAUUUUCUGGGUCUUUCCAGUAGCAAUUUUCUCUGAAAUCGGCUGCUUUUGAUUCUUCUGUCUGAGGGGAGAAUUAAGUUUGUUGGAAUCUGUUGUUUUGGAAAGGCUUUGAGAGGGAGAGGUUGCAGUUCUCUGAUGGGUUCUUUGGUUUGAUGGGGAGACGCAGUCGAAUGUGAUAGAAGAGGGGAAAACGGUUGGAAUCGAGGAAAUCCGUAUAUUAUUUGGAGAAAUCAAGAAACUGCACUGGUUUGGAGGUAGGGUUUUACGGCAAAUGGCUGGCCAUCAGUGGCAGAGAAUGGAUGACAAGUCGGUCAGGGAAUGUGGUGGGCCACCCUUUGUAAAUGAGAACCCUUCAGAAGAUAUGUUAUGUUCGGAGAUGGAAACUGAUGAAAUUGGGAUGGGAAGUUCAAAAGACAAUGGGGAAGCCUUCUCAUUGGAGAAAGGUGAGGGAAGUAAUGUGGUCUUCUCUAGGGAGGCACCUCUUCUAGGCAAAGACCUGAGAAUAUCUAGUGGUUCCAGUUGCAGCACAAAGAAGCUCAAAUCGAGGACAGCUGUGGCAGAACUCGAGCUCCAUAAAAAAGAUAAAAACGGUCCUGAAAGAAAGCUCAGCAGACAGGAUAGGAUCGAGUUGGGCCGCAUGUUUCAGGGUGCAGUGAGUUCUCAUGAUUGGGAACUUGCAGAGAGUUUGAUUCUGCUGGCAGAUCCCCUAACACUCAACGAUGCACUCUGCAUCUCUUUGGAUUCAAUCUGGUUCUUGAGCACACAGCAAGAGCUACAUGGAAUAACCGGGAUGAUAGAGAAAAUCAUCUCCAACGGUGCUUAUGACUUCACAAGGGCGGCCUUGAGGACUUCAUUCCUUGCUUCAUGUGUCUCUGCCUGUCAAAGCCGGACCAUGAGUUUGGCAGAUACAGUCACUGUCAUGGCUCAAAGAUUGCAUGAGCGUCUCAAGGAAUGCAAUGGUGACGAGGUUCUGAAGGCAGAAGCUGGUGCCAAGGUCCAGAAAUUCACAGAGUGGGCUUUGAAAUGCAUUGGGUUCCACUCUCGUAGCCAGGGAAAGAAGGACAAAGUAAGCCACAGCUCUUCCGUUGAGAUCCAACUCCAGCUAUCUGCAUUCAAGACAUUUCUAGAUCUUGCUGGCAACCAGCUUACGGGAAAGGACUUCACCGAGGCCUUCGAUGCAGCUUGCUUCCCUCUGACUCUUUUCUCUAGCUCGUUCGAUCCUGGUUGGGCUUCUGGAAUUUCAGCGACUGCAAUUCAAGGUUUGCUGGGGUUGUUGGUUGAGUGGGGUGCAGACAAUGUCAAUCAAUGCUUUCUUGAAGCAUCGCGUUUUGGGAGCACAGAGCUUGUACGCAUCUUAUUGCAGAUUGCUCAGCGCAACAGCUUGGAUGUCGAUGUUGAUCUGGCUCUGGGCUUUGCGUCCCACUACGGCAAGAUCGGCACCAUGGAAUGUUUGGUGGAAGAGGGCAAUGCAGUCGCCUUCUUGGGCCCAUUGAUGAGAGCAGCCGAGAGGGGAUGCAUGCAGGUUGUCCGGUGGUUCGUUGAGAGGGGCUGCCGGGACAUGGAGCUCUGCCUUGCCCUCACUGCUGCCACCUCCAGUAGCCAGGUUGGGGUUGCCGCCUACCUCCUCCCGCACGUUCCCCAGCACGUCCUUGCUGCCCUCAGCAUUGAGAUCCUCAAAGCCGCUGGGGAACGGAGCGCCGGGUCCCUCGAUGGGGUUGCCUUCCUUCUCCACGCUGACUUCCUGGGGGACCCAGCUGCCACGUAUGCUGUCGCUGACAGCAUUGCGGGAUCGGACGAUGAGGCGGUGGCACCUGAGCUCAGAACCUUCUUGCGGGAGCAUUGGUCCGUGGAGGCAUUCGCCGAUGGGUUGAGGUGUGGGCAGGAACAUUAUGUCAAUGUGAUGAGGAUUUUGAGGCGGGGUGGGUCACCCAUUUGCCUGAGGGACCUACCGGCCCCCCUGCGGGUAGCGGCUGCAUACUUGCCACUCUACAGGGAGUGUGUGGAGACACAUGGGCCCCUGUUGUCUCAGCGGCUUAGAGGGCAGCUAGUGGAAGCGGUGACGAGGCUUGGGAACAGGCCAGUCAGUGAGGCGAGCCAGGGUGGAGAGCUUUUGGCAGUAUUGGAGCACCACCUUCCGCCUUUUUUGGUCAGUGCACCUUAACUCUCUGAUUUUUCGUUUCUAUGUAAUCAUAUGAUAUUUAGUAGAGAUUAAUGGUGACUGAUUAUCCAAGUGAUUUAAUUUCUUCAUAGUAUAUGAAAAUGUCAUGAUGAUCCAUA